AUGUGUCUGGCAGCCCACUGGUGUGCUGCUUCUGUGCAGGUAUUCCUCAUUGCUUCGGACGGUCUACCGGGCCCCUCAGCGGCAAGCUCCAAAUCGGCUGUUGAUUUGGCAGUGUCUAGCCUGGUUAACGGGAGCUGUUGCCUCUGCUUGAGAAACGUCUCUCUUGAUGCAUUCCUGCAUCUCCCACUGCAGCAGCUGCUGCUGAGGCGCUGGAAUGGGUCUCUUCUUACCUGGCGGGGACCUGGGGGUUCAGCGCCAUGUUGUGGAACAGCAACUAUAGAAAACCCGGGGGCGCCCUGCCCAGUGAUAGGAGACACUGGAGGUGAUAGGAAUACGGCUUCUCUGCAAAAUGACGGAGUCAUGAUUCUGAAGUUGGAUCGCUUCACGGCGCAGGUGUUGGGACUUGACACAUGGAUACGAUUGCCUCAUUUUAUGCGGAAAUCCCUUCCCCCUGGAACCCGCUACCUUAAAAUUGAUGUGCAGCAUCCGGCAGUCGUGCGCCACCAGAAGAUGGUUACCCAGAAUAGGCUAAAACGGCAAAUGCAAGGGGUGCAAAUAGAACAGGGGAGCUCGAUUGCAGGGCCGCCUUCUCGACUCUUCGAGCAGCUUCAGCGAAGUCUACGAUCACUCGAACCUGUUGACCUCCUCUCCAGUACAGCGCCACCUGAAGGAGAUUGCGGGGGAGUAGAUGCAAGGCGUGAGCUCGCAGAAGAAGUGCAGCUUCUACUGCGCGCUAGUGGAAGUCCCACAGCUACCUGCAAUAUCGUGCAGUUCCAGUGCCGUGUGUCGGAAUAUAGGGGGGGUAUACUUGACAUGACGGCGGAGGCCUCACUGGCAGUCAGCACGGCGAGCUCUUCACAAACGCACCAUGCGGAUCAUAUACUGAUGACUCCAGACCUUCCUGAUUCCCAGACUCCUUAUCGCCUCGUGUUACCGAACCCAGAUAGCAACAUGGCUUCACGGAGUCAUAGUUGCAGUGAGCUAGGCGAGUCCGCCAACACGCGGCAGAGUCCACCUAUCCGCCCAGAUUAUCUAGGAGCGCUUCAGCUAUUGCAUGAAAGGCAGAGGCAAUGGCGGGAGAAUAAAUUGCAACAGCGGAGUAAGGAUACCCAGCCCGCACCGGAAAACGCAAGCCACACUGAGGAGGCGUUGCAGAUGGCCGCCCCUCCCCCAUUCAGGAAGCAGCCACCAGCAGAGGCCUUAUUCUCCAGAAUCACCGAAUACCUCGGUUGCCUUGGUUUGGACAUUCCUGUGAGCAAAGAGGACUGUGAUUGGUUUCGGGAGGCCGACCGCAUGAAAGACCCGCAAUCGAUUCCUGUUGCUAGUGUGUCCGGGGGGCUUCUUCACUCUACUGCUGUAGUAGCGGCUGCUGAGUCCCUAUGCACCUGGCUACAAUCACAAGGGUCAGGAGCGUGGGCAGCUAUAUCUGUUGUAGGGGUUGCGGAGACAGCAGUAGCGUACACAGGACAGCCCCAUGGUAGUGACGCCAGUGGCGAGUCAACGCUACAUAUGAUUCUUAGUGCCGAAGCUCCAGCGAAAGUCCGUGGGAUGCUGCUGCAAACAGUUGCUGCCAGCGACGCGACUACCACUAUGCCUUGA